AUGCUGUCAGUGUUGCCCAAACCCAUGCUGGGCUCUCUGAGCUCCCAGAUCGGCCACCAACGCCUCGUCGAGCCCUUGUGGUCCGUUUGUCAACCGGGGAGCAAAUGGAUCGCUCGUGCAAUCUACAUUACUGAUCGUUCACUUGUUGAGGAGAAUCGAUCUCCCACAGAUGUAAGUCGUCAUACUGUUAUCUAUUCUACCGAUUUCAUUGGGUAA